AGAGCUUCAUUCAAAUGUGCAGCACAUGUCCUGUCCCAAUCCCAGACAGCUGUUGUAUUUAAACUCUGUUUUCUCAGAUCCUUUUGCAUCAGUCUAUUGAACCAGAAGUAACACUUUCAGGAUGGCCAGCAGGAAGACAAAGAAGAAGGAAGGAGGUGCCAAAAGAGCCCAGAGAGCAUCGUCCAACGUUUUCUCCAUGUUCGAACAAACCCAAAUCCAAGAGUUUAAAGAGGCUUUCACUUUAAUUGACCAAAAUCGAGAUGGAUUCAUUGAUAAAGAAGACCUGAAGGACACAUAUGCAUCUUUAGGUAAGCUUAAUGUGAAGGAUAAUGAACUUGAAGACAUGUUAAAGGAAGCAACUGGACCCAUCAACUUCACAAUGUUUCUUAAUCUAUUUGGAGAAAAGCUGCAUGGGACUGAUGCUGAAGAAACCAUCCUAAAUGCUUUUAAGUUAUUUGAUUCAGAUGCCAAGGGUUUCAUACAUAAAGAUGAACUGCAGAGUUUACUGAUGACCCAGGCAGACAAGUUUUCAUUGGAGGAGGUCAAUCAAAUGUUUCAGUCAUCAGAUAUAGACCCUGCUGGCAACCUGGACUACAAAUCUCUGUGCUACAUUAUCACACAUGGGGAGGAGAAAGAAGAAUAGACAUGUAAUGAAAAAGUUAUUAUUUCUGACAAAUACUCAAUAAAAAUAUAGACCCAG